CACAGGCACAGACGGACGGAGAGCGAGCUACAGUUAACAACAGCCGACCUCAACACUUCCUUUUACACACCGCUGAAGACUUUUUACUCGGACCUUAGCGAAGACCGUGGUUCACGGACCAAACCCGGCACAGGCUCGCGGCCAGCAGCACUCUUUUCAGCUCGGCGGAAGCGGAGGUUAGGUGAGUUGUCACCAUGGCACCCUUCCUGCGCAUCGCCUUCAAUGCUUAUGACGUGGGUGUGCUGCCUCCCCUGUCUGACCCUCCCAUCUGUGCCAUCAAGAUGAAGGAGUCUGUCAACACAGAGCGAGGAAAGACCUUGGUCCAGAGGAAGCCCACCAUGUAUCCAGCCUGGAAGUCCACUUUUGAUGCUCACAUCUAUGAGGGGCGAGUCCUAGAAGUGGUUCUCAUGCAGAGCACUGAGGAGCCAUUGGCCAAGGCCACGGUGGGCGUGUCUGUAUUAGCAGAACGCUGUAAGAAGUCCAAGACCAACGGCCGCGCUGAGUUCUGGGUGGACCUUCAUCCUUCAGGGAAGGUCCAGAUGGCUGUACAGUUCUUCCUGGAGGACUGUGAUGCAGCGGCUUCUAAACCAUCAUUAAAGGUUGCUCCUGAGGAUGGACUCACAACCCUCAACAGGAGGAGAGGAGCUUUCAAGCAGCCCAAGGUUCACUUAAUCAAGAACCAUGAGUUUAUGGCCACCUUCUUUGGCCAGCCCACCUUCUGCUCUGUCUGCAGAGAGUUCUUGUGGGGGCUCAACAAGCAAGGUUACAAGUGCAGACAAUGCAAUGCUGCAAUCCACAAGAAAUGCGCCGAAUUAAUCAUUGGCAGGUGCACCGGAACAGCGGCCAACAGUCGUGACACUGUGUUUCAGAAAGAGCGCUUCAAGAUUGAUAUGCCACAUCGCUUUAAGUACUAUAACUACAAGAGCCCCACAUUCUGCGACCACUGUGGCAGUCUGCUGUGGGGUCUCUACAGACAGGGCCUCAAAUGUGAAGACUGUGGCAUGAAUGUACAUAGUUACUGUGAGAAGAAAGUGGCCAAUCUGUGUGGAAUCAACCAGAAAGUACUGGCAGAGGCUCUGUCUCAAGUGUCUCAGAAAUCUAUGAAGAAGUCUGAUGACUCCAAUGCAGCAGAUAUUGGGGUCUACCAAGACAUCCGUAGUGCAACAGCAGACCCUAGUGCAGAUGGCAAUGGCAAGGCUGGUGAGGGCUCGAGCCCAGCCCCAGCCACACCUGCAGCUCCCAGGGUGCGCCUCACCAUGAACCACCUGGUAUUCCACAAGGUGCUGGGAAAAGGCAGCUUUGGCAAGGUGCUGCUGGCAGAGCUGAAGGGGCAGGGACAGUACUUUGCUGUGAAGGCUCUGAAGAAGGAUGUAGUCCUCAUGGAUGAUGAUGUCGAGUGUACCAUGGUCGAGAAGAGAGUCCUGGCCCUCGCCUGGGAGAACCCCUUCCUCACGCAUCUCUACUCCACAUUCCAGUCUAAAGAGCACCUCUUCUUUGUAAUGGAGUACCUGAAUGGAGGUGACUUGAUGUUCCACAUCCAAGACAAAGGUCGCUUCGAUCUCAACAGAGCCACGUUCUAUGGUGCUGAGAUAAUUGUGGGACUGCAGUUCCUCCACUCAAAAGGAAUUAUCUACAGAGAUCUGAAGCUGGACAAUGUGAUGCUGGACAGGGACGGACAUAUAAAGAUAGCGGACUUCGGCAUGUGCAAAGAGAACGUGUUUGGAGAGGCCAGAGCCACCACGUUUUGUGGGACACCAGACUAUAUCGCACCAGAGAUCCUGCUAGGACAGAAGUACACCUUCUCAGUAGACUGGUGGUCUUUCGGUGUGCUGGUGUACGAGAUGCUGAUUGGCCAGUCACCUUUCCAAGGCGACGAUGAGGAUGAGCUGUUUGAGUCCAUCAGGUCGGACACACCUCACUACCCUCGGUGGAUCACCAAGGAGGCCAAGAGCCUGCUUGAACUGUUGUUUGAGAGAGAUCCGAGUCGCAGGUUGGGUGUGGUUGGAAACAUCCGUGCACACCCGUUCUUCAAAACCGUCAACUGGUCAGCACUGGAGAAGAGAGAAGUGGACCCACCUUUUAAGCCCAAAGUGAAAUCCCCCAGUGACUGCAGCAACUUUGACAGAGAGUUCCUGAGCGAAAAGCCGCGGCUCUCCCACGCGGACAAGAACCUCAUUGACUCCAUGGACCAGCAAGCAUUCGCUGGCUUUUCCUUUGUCAACCCCAGACUGGAACACAUGAUAAGCAAAUGAAAAAACCAAAAUGGCUCCCCUGUGAGCAUGCUCUUGGCCCUGCACUUUGAAAUAGACUGUUAUCCUAUUCCCUUUAUCGUCAUAUGGUCCAACUUCAACUGGAUGGAUAACAAGAACAUCAAAGAUUUGGGCUUGACUGUGACUUCUAUCAAAGGAUGAACUAAAAAUAAAAACAGGAUGUUUGUUGACAUCUAAAGCAAUAAUCCUGUCUCAGCUGUUAAACUGUAUAGGUGUAUAAAAGAGUAUAAAGCUCCAUGAAAUUAAGGGAUAUUUUUAAGAAACUAGUGCUACCCUAAUCAAUGCAGGGGGAGUAGUCAAUGAUGCAUUCUGUCUUUUCUUACUUUUUUUGUCUGAUCCUACUUUGAAUCUGUACGAAUCAUCUAAUGUACUGUAUUUGAACAUUUUUAUUCACAGGCACGAGCCUGACACCGUUAUGGAGUUUUAAAGAAGAUAUACUCCCAGCAUUGCACGUGCAAGUUAAGAGAGUUUAGUGGUACUCACCCUGUAUGCUUUACCUACUGUAUGCCUACUAUUACACUCCACCUGUGUAUAAUUGUGUCCUACCACAUGCAUACAAGUGUGUGGGUGUGUGCAGUUUUUGUAUGUUUUUUUUUUGUUGUUGUUGUUUUUUUGGUACAGUUUGUGCUACUGUUGUCAGUAACAGUGUAUGUUGUUGAAUGAAUCCUCAAUUGAUCCCCUGAUUCUGUGAUCCCUGUAACUGGCAGAUAUAUAGGCAUCGUAAAAAGAACUGGGCUACAAAGUUGUUGAGAAGUUGAAUCCCUCUGAAUUGAAAUAAUGUUAUUGCAGAACUGAAUAGUUCCCUCAUUCACUGGCUGCAUAUGUCUUGAGAAACUGGAGGUGCUCUAAGCACACCCCAGAGUCUCACAUACCCUCACAAGAAGUAAUCCAUUUUUUAAGUUCAGCACAGGAUUUCUACAUGGCAGUCUUUUUGUGCUGUUGAUGUCCAACCUCUUGCUGUACAUCAAACUGGAGCAGAGUGCAAACAAUCAUUCCAUACAUAAUAUUGAUUUUCUGGGCUGUCAUCAGAUUUACUGGAAAGUUGCAACAAUGGCAUAUCUAUAUGUAUUGAAGGGUGUGUCAUUUUGUGUGGGAGGGAUGGGCAUUUCACUGUAAGCAGUGUCGGGUCUUAUGUGUGUUAUAUUACUUGAAUGAAGUAACUUAAAUGUGAAAAUAAUAGUGCUGUAUAUGGCAAAUUAAUAUGUACAUUAUUAUGAGCGGGUGUACUUUUUUUACUCCUCAUCUUUUACAUCUAAUUAUAAAUAAAUACAUUGUUAACUCUAAAUC